AUGUCCGAAAAACGGGUCCCAGGUCAGCACAAGGAUACACAUAAUACACAUCAGCGUUCACGCCAGAACAGUUCUGCCCAGGCUGGGGAACGCGGGACACGUCGAGACAGUUCUGCAAGCGAGAAAAAUAAGAAACACCCAAAGGAGGGGAAUGCAGUGGCCACAGAACUAGAGAAAUUAGUGAUUGAACAAAAAAGCAUAAACAGUGAAUUGGAAGAAACCAAGAAAGAGUAUACUGAUAUACAAGAGAAGCUCCAAGCAAAUGAAAGGAAGCUUCUUCGGAAUAUUGCAGAAACUAUCAAGGCAUCCCUUCCCAACUCUGAGGGUAAAUUCGUAUACCGAAGCCCAGCAGAGCGUGGUGCAGACAGGGGACUACAGGAUAUUUAUGAAAGUCAGGAAUUACAAAAGCAGAGCAGACGAUUGCAGGCACACAUACAGGAACUGCUAGAGAGAGAGAAAGGAAUACAGAAGAGCCUUUCCAACAUUGAAAAAGCUAUGGAAGAGGCAAGAAGCGUCCAUUGA